UAGAUAGAUAGAUAGAUAGAUAGAUAGAUAGAUAGAUAGAUAGAUAGAUAGAUAGAUAGAUAGAUACUUUAUUAAUCCCAGCGGGAAAUUCAAAAGGAGGACCACAACAUAACAUGUGCCUUUCAAAAUAAAACACGUGAAACAUCAGAUGCGCAUUUAACGUUUACCCUUUUGACCAGCUGUUCGCGACCCACCCAGAACGUGGCCGCGACCCACUUUUGGGUCGGGACCCACCAGUUCAGAACCACUGGUCUGGGGAAUGUAUGAAAGUCGAAAAAAGUAGUAUUGUGUGUGUUUCCUAACGCCAAAACAACAACAACAUCAUCAUUGAUCAUCCUUUCAAUCACCUGUAUCGGAUCGGGUCAAUACUCGACUUCCGAGUCCAACCGGAAUACUGUAACAGCGUCUGUUGUUGCCUUGGCAACACAGGACUACCUAAUACUGCUAACUUGGAUUGGUUAAAAAGGCAGCGGAGCUCUGCACAGUCCGUUUUUAUUCGCUAUUGUAAGAGGUGUCUCUGGAAUAAAUAAGUAGGUCUUUAUCAGCCGAGUAUGUUUAUGUGGCAAACAUCGUAUUUUGACGAUUAAAUCAACCGUCUGUUGUUAGUUUGCGAUGUUGGAAGAAGGGUAAGAGCCGCCAGAGUUGUCUUUGUAACACUUCUUUAAGCCUAAAUAUCGAUUAUAUAGCUAUCUGUCACUAUAGAAGCUAGUGAUGCUGCUUUAGUUUCAUUUUGAAGUGUCAUUUUGUGCUAAAACUCUAAAGUUGGACCACAGGUAACUCACGAAAACAAACGGGGAAUGCUGAAAAUGUCUAAUCCUGUUAAAAAAGUGAGACAGGGAGAAAAAUUUCCCCUAAAAUCCAAAGGAAGCCAAAGCAAGUAAGCUAAAUCAUGUGUAGUUUUUAUAUAUUUAACAGCCUGUUCAUCAAUAACACUUUCAUUUACCUGAUCAGCCUGUUUUUCAGGGAAUCUCAUGAUCUCAGGAGGCUUCAGUCCCUGCUCGCCAAAAGGAGCUCCACACCAGAGGUGAACAUCAACAAAUGACGCCACGCUUAAGGAGUGUGUCUAGACUUUUUGAUAAGGAUACAGACCAGCUCAGAUUUCGUCAGCCUGUGUAUAUAUAGCUGAUGAGAGUCUCUGUGUCGCAGGUGGCAGCGCUGAGUCACAGUAAGGCAUGCAGCAGUGGAGCCAGCAGAUCUCAAGGCCUGAACUCUCCGAAGGACUCCAAUAAACUGAAGAGCGGAGCUGAUUUUAAGAGUGAAGCUGCUGAGCUGGAAAAAUUCAGGUUUACAGUCUGAAUCAGAGAAACACUGCAAUCAAAGUCCUGCAACACCACAUAAAAUAUCAAAUACAUAAGGAGAGACAGGGUCAUGUUGAUAGACUGUGUUUUAAAAGGACAUUUUGACACUGAAAUACUGAUCACCCAGGGUCAUGGUGACACUUGUGCAAUAAUGUCAAUUUUUUGGAGAAACUAUGAGCCUGUUUUUGCAUUUGUAAGUUUUUAAAAACAUAUAUAUAUCACUCAAAAGUAGUCAACAUUUUUUACUUGCUAAACAUGAAAAAUUACAUCAGCUGCUUUUUUAAAAGACUUACACACAGUCUGUACUAAUUCAAUGAUGACUAUGGCCCCUCAUUUUCAGUAUUAAAUACAGAGACCAAAGACGUUUCAGCAGCCACCCUCUUCAUGCACUUUUCUCCGACAUCCUCACAUGUUUGGUCAAGAAUCGACUCUGCAGGUAACAUAUUCGUAAAUUGCCGUCUAAUGUCAUCUCUCUCUUUACUCUUUAACCCUGUUUUACUCGUUCUAUAGUGAAUGGAUCGACCAUGCACCCCCAGAGUCUGUGCACAGAGUUCUGAUAUGUCUGAGAUUACUCAUCAGGGAUCCAGAGUAUCAGGUACAACUUCAACAAAUGUCUCUUUAUUACUUUUUGUGUAUUUUAUUGAUGCAUACGUUUCAAAUUUGUUUCUGUUUUCAUUGCAUCUUUAGCGAAAACUCCAGCAGCUCCAAGGGAUCAAUUCACUUGCCAAGGUAGAAGAUUUUUACGCACAUGCCUCAACAGGCUUUCUUUCUUUCCCAUGUCAUCCUCACAGCUGCUCUAUUUCUCUUCAGUAUCUAGAGUCUGUUGCCGCCCGGUACAUAUCAUGUGGCGAGCAGGCGUUUGCAGUGCAGAAGCUGGUCACAAUGACAUGUGAGUAAACCUAAAAGUAACACCGAGGUGCUGAUAGUGUGAGGGAUUUCGCGUGUUCUCAUCAGCGCCGCCUCUGCAGACAUGUUCCAGAAGCUGUCUGCUGAUGAAAAUCUGAGAGUCUGUGUUAUCCAGAGCGGCGCUCACAGGGUGAGUGAUAAGUCCUGAUAAUGUCAGCUAUGAUUACGUACGGUUUGUUUUUAAGUUAUAUCCAUAUCUGAGCAGGAGUGGAGCCAGACUUAUUCCACUGGGGUGGCCAAACUGGGGCAGUGGCGGCAAUAAAUAUGAGCGCAAACAUCAAUUUUCUCCUUCUAUCAGCUUCAACCACUAAAACAGAUGGAUGCUCUUUUCUUAGUUUGUGACUUUAUAAAGUAAGAGCACUUUUCCCUUCUGUACUCUUUAAAACAAAAAUAAAGUGCUUGUCCAAGGACAGUUUUAAGUAUCAACAAAAGGAAAGUAUGCAGCAGGAUGUAGGGCUGUUAAGUGAUGCUGUAAUUUAGCAGGAUGAUAAGAUACUGCCUCAUGUCUCCUUUACAUUAGCUGUUCUCUGUUAAAGAGGAGUUUUGGUCUAUUUGUAGACACUGGUGAAGCUCCUCUCUACGACAGACAGCAGUGUGCUGCUGGGAGCUCUGCUGGCACUCACCACUCUGGCUGAGAGGUAACAAAAUACUUCAUUUCAUGCACUGAAUACAGUCAUGGUUUCAUCUGCUAAAAGAUAUUUUCCUCCUGCAGCCCAGGAUGCAAAGAAGAGAUUGGUCGGCCCCCGAUUGUGGAGAACCUGCUUGUGAUACUGCAGGAAUAUGACCUGCUGUCAAAGAGGUCAGUGUUUGAUGUGUUUGUCUGUCCGUCUUACAUGUUUUGUUGAAGUUGUGGGAACAUGUCUGUGUUUAUUAGGGCUAAAAUUAUUCUUAGACAAAUAAAUCAAGUCCUGAUUUGUUUUGGCUCAUGUCGUCUCAUUUAAAAGUACCCAAACAGACCGAAUUUAUGACCCUUUAAAAGCUUUUAAGUGCAGCCAAGAGGGAAUGACUUGAUUUAAAACGGUGAACUGGCAGCAAACACAAAAAUAAUUUGUAAACAAACUGAUCGUGGCGUUUCUCCAGAAUGAGCGCAGAGCUGCUGAGGCUCCUGUCCCCGGUGAGACAGGUGAGGGACCAGGUCAGGGAGCUGGAGGGUCUGCCGGUGCUGCUGAGCCUGCUGCACAGUCAGCACCUGAAGCUUCUGUGGAGCGUCGCCUGGGUCCUGGUCCAGCUCUGCGAGGAUCCCGACACCAGGACGGAGAUCAGGAGCUGGGGCGGGGUGCAGCAACUGCUCCGUUUGCUCAGCAGGUUUGAGACACAAAGUGAAAUGAUUAUUUACUAUAUCCUGUAUUUCUCAGGACUCACAGGACGCUUAUCAAGAGAAGAAUAGUUCAAAUAAAAUCUAUCCUAACCUCCAUAUAUGGGCAUGCACCUCUGACACUUGUGCAAGUGGUGCUCUGGAACUUAAAAGAUCCUCAACAAGGUCUAAAGGCUGACAAAAUGCUGUUGCAUUAUGGGAAUUGUAGGAAGAAGAGAGCAACACUGAAGUGCUGCAAAACAUUUUAGUAUUUAUAAAGUGAAAAAGGUUUAAGUUUCCACUCUUCCAUACAACAAAACAUAUUUUCAGCUUAUUUUUAUGUUCUGCAUAGAUGUAUACUGAUCUACAUUACUGAACUCAAUCCUAUAAAAUACAUUGAGGGCCAGAGAUGAGUGCAAAAAUAUCAAAAGAGGAGGAAGUUUAUCUUUUAAAUUUUUGAAACUAAAAGGAAAAAAACGGUUGGGACUGUUUGAAAUGUUGCAGUACCUCUUGCAGUGACAGGCAGUACGUUUCUGACCGUUCAUCCAUCGAGACGCUCUCCAGCGCCAACGCAGCCGGACGCAUCCAGAGAGAGCACAUCAGAGAGGAGCUGAGCCAGCAGGAGGAGACGGAGAACACGGUGGCUCUGCAGUCAGGUCAGGACCAUAGACUGUAAAAACAUGGACACAGUGUUACUGAUGUCACCCACUGGUUUCUGAAAAGAGAUUCAAUCAAACCUUAAUGACACACAUCCUCCAAUUUAGCCACGCCUCCUAAUCAUGCAAUUUCACAAAUAAUGCUGAAUUUUCUCCUAUCAAACCUUUCUUAGAUUAAAAAUCUGUGUCUGUGUCCUGGAAAUGGAGAUUGGCUUUUGCAGGCAGCCCCAAGUGGACACUUUAAGAACUGCAGUUUUUGCAGUAGCUUCAUUUAUUAACUCUGUAACCUGCUGCUGUUUAACUUCUCAUAAGUUGUGCAGAAAAAGCGGAGUUUUCAGUGAGUUUUCUGGGUAGUUUUGUUGCGCUGAAACUGGAAGACGGUUAGAAAAUCAUUACAGUAAAUCCUCACCCCAGAGGAGUCUUAUCAGAGACGGAGAAUGUAAACAUUAAGGAAUCCAGACCUCAGGGACCGGACUCUCUACAGCUCUGAUUUUACAGGAAAUGUUUCUGUAAGUAAAUGUCUCAAACCACAAAAAUUUAAACAACACUGAAAAUGUGUGAAAGACGUUUUGCCAGAUAAAUAUCACUAGAUAAACUUUCAUCUCCUGGAGUUUCCGUGUUUCUUCUUGUGUCUUUCUCCUCCUGUAGUUUGGGAAGUGUUUUGUUAGUGCUGACAGAUGCGUCCUGAUCUCUGUCUGAGACUACAAUCCUGCUCGUACGGGAUCCUAAAUUAAUACAGGUCUCUUUUAAUCUCUUUUCCAGCCUGCUGCACAGUUUUGACCGAGCUUAGUCUGGAUGACACAUCUGCUCAUCACAUCGUGCUGGUAAGAAAGAGACCUCACACAAAGAGAGUUGAGACAAUAGAAAUAAAUUAGAGUGAAGUCCAAUAAUACAUGAAACCUUUUAAAACAUGAUAUCAAUUGAUUUUAUAUUCUUUUCUUAGGAGAACGGGGUCUACAUCAUCGCAAAGCUGAUUUUGCAGCAAAACUCAGGAACAAAAGUCACAUCUUUACAGGUACAUGCAUCAUUUAUGAAUAAAAUAACACCACAAUGAAUGAUUGAAGCUAUAAAACCCAACAGAAACUCACACGUCUGUUUAUUUGUUUGCACAUUUGCAGUGCUAUGUGUUUCGGACCCUCAGGUUUCUCUUCAGCGUGGAAAGAAACAGACAUAUUUUCAAGAGGUGAUCUUAAAAUCUUAUUCCUGAUUUUCACAUUUCAUUGUAAAGGUCUGGUACACCUAGAGAGAGGCUUUACAUGAUCGACAGCUAAAAAAAUCCUUGUUUAUUCUGUGCUUGGAGCUCUAAAAAUCCCUUAUUUCUGCAUUUUUCCGUCACGAUCUGAAACACUUUGUUUUGACUCCUUUUCAGCUGAUAUAAAGUCGUACACAGACUGUAGGGUGUUACUUUUUACACAGCUUAGCAGUCGAGAAAAGACUCCAAAGUUUUGGUUUUACAGCAAGUAUCUGAGGUUACUUUUAGAGACCAGUUGGUGUUCCAGUUUGUGGUUCUAAUUUUUGUGGAUGGAAAAGCUCCAGAACUCUGUAAAUCCAGGUCGGACUGACUUUUUGUUUAUGAAGGAUUCAUCGGUGUAGUCGUGAGUAAAAACAGCUACUUUGUGACUGUUUUCUGGAACCUUUCUGAAAAAAAUUACUGUGACUUCACUUUAGGGCAACUUUCAGAGAUGUACUGAGUCAACAAAGCGCAGAGUAGGAAAAAGUGAAGCGGUGAAAUAGACUUUCCAGCUUCCAGGUGGGCGUUCAAAUAACAGAGCAGGAGGAAGAGCUCAGCUUGAAGCAUCAUCCUGAUAGGUCGGCACGACCUGGUUAACAUCCCUAACCCUAACCUGGGAUUAUACCACCAUUCGUGUAUUUCAUAGUAGGAAAUUUGGAGGAUGAGUUUGGACAUCUCACAUUGUUAUUGUUUGAUAGAACAGAUCACCACAAUAGAUCUCCUUUAAAAGUAAAUAAUCUGAAGUUCACAUCAUUCAUAAGCUGCUCCUGUUUUACUGGAUGUCUCCUCUGGAAAAAUCUCUCUUAAAUCUUCUCUGACGCUCUUAUAUAAUCCGUCCUCCUGUCAGACUCUUUCCCACAGACCUCUUUGAGAUGUUUAUUGAUGUUGGACAUUACGUGCGGGACCUCACGGCCUACGAGGGACUGCAAACCAAAGUUUCACUCUACACUGUAAGAGAGCGGCUUCUGGGUAGAUCUGUCUGUUUAUUCAUCUGGUUCAUGGCUGUUAAAAAAACUAACAUAACCAUCAUUUUUGGGGGGUCGAUAAACUGAAUAUUAAAGGUGAUUUCUUUAAACACAAAUGAAUGGAUUUCUGUGUGAUUUAUAACUCAGGAAGAAGAGCUGGACAGUCUGAGAGAGAGCAUCAAAGCUGUGGACCAAAACCGCCCUCCUCUUAGAGUCAUCAAUGGUUACUCCAUACUGGACCACCUGGGAACAGGGGCCUUUGGGAGCGUCUUUAAGGUAUGACAAUCAAAAAUAGCAUCAGCAUCGGCAUCAGCAGCCAACAAGGUCAAUCCAGGUCUGUUUUAAAGGUGCAGUGCAUAGACAUGGUAGAAAUGGAAAUAAUUAGUGAUAUCUAAUGUUCAGAUUCUAACAUCAUACUCCAUUUCUACCAAGUCUUUAAUGCUAAAUACUGAAUAAAUACUGAUUUUGCUAACAGGUGCAAAAGCAGAGUGGUCAGAACCUGCUGGCGCUGAAGGAGGUGAACCUUCAUAACCCCGUGUUUGGCAAAGACAAGAAGUCCAGAGACAGCAACGUGGAGAAAAUCAUCUCUGAGCUUUCAAUCAUCAAAGAACAGGCACCGAGUUUCAGUUUCAAUCAUUAAAAUUCAAACAUUACAGCCCGUCUAACAUGUAAACCACACUGUACGGUGUUCACUUCCUCUUUGUUCUUCCUCUCCAGAUGAUGCACCCGAAUGUUGUUAAAUAUUAUAAGACAUUUCUGGACGGUGAGGAUAAUAUUUUUAAUCCAAAAUGAUUGUGAAGAAAGAGUGAUACGAUAACAAUAGAUCCUGCUGAUUUUAGGUGAGAAGUUGUACAUCGUGAUGGAGCUGAUCGAAGGAGUGCCGCUGGCCGAACAUUUUAACUCUUUGAAGGAGAAGCAGCAGAAGUUCACAGAGGACAGAAUCUGGAAUAUCUUCAUACAGGUAACAACUCGAUAAUCCAAACUAUUAUUUCACCAAACUAAUCAGAGGUCAUGAACGUUUUGUUGACUUUUAGAUGAGUUUACUAAGAUUAAUGCAUCACUGUCACAUUGUGGGUUGUGUCUUACAUAUAACACCCAAACCUUACACUUAGACACCAGAUAACUAACAAUAUCCAAUGUAAAACGUUGUGAGUCCCUCAUACCUCACUGUUGUUCUCCAGAUGUGUCUUGCGUUGAGGUACCUCCACAAAGAAAAGAGGAUCGUCCACCGAGACCUCACACCAAACAACAUCAUGCUGGGGGAAAAGGACAAAGUCACCAUCAGUGAGAGUCCACUCAGAGAUUUCCACUCAUGCUGCCUCCAUCGUCUUAUUGUUAAAGUUGAUCUGAUGUUUCUUCUCUCUGCCUGCAGCUGACUUUGGCCUGGCCAAGCAGAAACAAGAGAACAGCAAACUCACAUCAGUGGUCGGCACCAUCCUUUACUCCUGGUGAGGAUUUAAAUAGUUUUUCUACCAAUAUUUCUUUGGUGGACAGAGGUUCAACUUUAGCUGUUUGUAUUUUUAAAAAGUGAAGGUAUUCCUGCCGCUUUUACCCUGGAAAAUAAGAAGCUUUAAAGCUCCUGUGAGGAGUUUUUUGACAUCUAUGAAGUCAAUGGAAAUCUCUAUUAACCAUCAGGGACAAGACCGAUGCAAUAUCAAUACAACUUGGUAAAAGUUAGGUCUGUUUUCACAAAUUCCACUAACAAAGUUAUUUAUUUAUCUGUUAAAAGUAUGUGAGAUGAUAUUUUUUAUCAAAAGAUACUUUUUAAGCCUGUAGAGGACAAAAUCAGUAAAGACUGUUUUGUCCACAGGGGGGCAACAAAGCUAACAGAAACUUUAACUUCCUCAGAGGAGCUUUAACUCACAUUGAAUCAAUUCUGUGGAGAACUAUGAGAAAAAAAUAAAAAACAACCAUAUUGACAUCAUUAGUCUUCUCUCUGAUGGUCUGUUUUUGCUUUUCUAACUACUAUAGAUGUCAGGAUUGGUACACGAAAGGAAAGAAAAAGGAGCAAAGUUCAGAUCUAAAGAUUUAUUAAAGAAAAUUCAGAGCAAAAACUCGCUCUGAAGAUGUACAACUGAAAAAAACAUAAGGAGCAAAGAUCCAACAAAAGGCGCAGAGAAAAAUCACAAGGAGAGUGAGGACUCACACAUCGACUUCAACUGAGACAUAGAAACAAUAAACCAACGAAGACAGAGGGAAAGGACAGCUAUUGACUAUAAAUACACACAGGGAAACGAGCAACGAGAGGCAGGUGAGACAAUUACUGAGGAGGGAAAACAAGACCAGAAACUACUACAAAAUAAAACAGGAAGCACUGAAAACUGAUCUAAAGAAUAAAACACUGAGAACAUGACGGAAACAGAGUCAAACACAAACUGAAAACUCACAAGACAAGAUCACAAGAAUGAUAGGGAACAGAAACAGGAGGGGAAAAACACACAGAAAAUACACUCAAAUAACAAAACCAGGAGAAAACUAAAUUAACAGAACAUUUCAUGACAAUAGAGACUGUCACUUAUUUUUAUCACUUCCCUAAAGGAGUUUAAAACAAGGUUUAGUUUUGGAUGUUUGUCAAAAAAAAAAAUCAUUAUGUCAAAUCUUUUGAUUUUCUCUGUCUGUGUGUGUUCGUGUGUGUUUUAGUCCAGAGGUGGUGAAGAGCGAGCCGUACGGGGAGAAAGCAGACGUCUGGGCUUUAGGCUGUAUCCUCUACCAGAUGGCAGCUUUACAGCCUCCUUUCUACAGCAGCAACAUGCUGUCGCUGGCCAAUAAGGUUUCAAACCACCUCACAGACUCGCAUUAAACAAUCUGGACCUGAAACUGUUUUCCUCCAUCGUUACUCUGACAGUAAAACUCUUUUCUUUGUCUUAGAUUGUGGAGGCCGACUACGAGCCGAUCAAAGAGGGGACGUUUUCAGGACGAGUCUCAGAGAUGAUCAGAUGGUGAGACAAAGUCAAAGUCACACUUUCAUUCUGCUCUAUUAGUUUUUCUGAUAAGGUCUUUAGAUUUUGGAUCCAUUAUGAAAUUUAAGGUUUAGAGCAGUCUUUCCUGGGAGUCGCUGAGCCCCAUCAUGCUGUAGGUUCCUCUGGAUCGCUGCUGCAGACAUGGACGUGUUUUUUCAGCUGCUUCAACUUCGUGCUUCCACCUCACCUCUGUCCAUCUCCCUCUCUCUCCUCUCUAAACCAAAUUCAGUCUCAGCAGAUGACUGUCUAACAUGAGUCUGGUUCUGCUCGAGGUUUCUGCCUGUUAAAGGAAGUUCUUCUUCUCUACUGGAAUUUGCUAAAUGCUGUGAGAGCAGAGUCUAGUCCAAUAAUUACGAAAGUCACCCUCCCCCCUGACAUAUCUCUGUUUUUCUGUCACAUGACUUACCAUCAGGUGUUUGAGUCCAGAUGCAGACCAGCGCCCGGACAUCGUGGCCGUCAGCUCCAGGAUCUCUGACCUCAUGAUGAGGCUGAUGGACGGACUCUUCACUUCCCAGAAUGCACUAGAAAGGAGAGCAGAGAGAGACAGGAAACGAGCGCAGAGGUACUUUGUGGAAAGAAGCAGGACGAGCUGCUGUCACUCAAACCUCACUCAGGUAAAGUGGACAUUAAAGUCAUCAGGGCGUCCAAGUCUGGACUAUGUAGCUUAUGUUUGUAGAUGAAAUGUUAAAGCUGUACAUACCUCGUUUUUCUUGCAGAGUUUUUAAAACAAGUUUCUUUUGUUUUCGCAGCAACAGUCCUUACUGAAUAAUGAUGCCAUGACGCCACGCUUUUCUGCGGCCUGCAGUUUGAACCACAGCGAGCAGGACAUCAAUCCAGGUCAGGAGUCGACAUAAACAGAUAAAAGUCUGAUUUUAAAUCCUCAGUAUGCUGUUAAUGGUUAAAUGUGUGUUUCCAGAUCAUUCUCUGUAUGGUGGAGGUGAUUCAUGUGACUCAAAAAUCGACUCUGCCGCUCUCAGAGGGAAACACGAGGGUACGUUUUCUCUGACAAACUCGCUGUUUUCUUCCAAUUAGUCAGCCACUGCAUCAGAAAUAAAACACCAAACUUCAUCUGAGAGGUUCAGGAAGUCUCUCUACUCGACACUGUGUGGAUUUUCCAAGUUAGGGCGGCAGCAGAUGGGAAGAAAACAAAGUCACUCAAAGUCAUGAAAAAGCAUAAAAAAAUAAAAACGCAUUAAUUUCAGAUCGUAAUUACAUCAGUUUUAUAUUUUGAAUUUUUCUUAUAUAAUCAAAAUAUUAAGUAGAAUGACUAAAACCUCUGAUAGUGGUGACAGCAAGACUCCCUUUAGGCUUUUGAGGGUCAUCUGAGGGCGUGGCUCAGGACAAAUCAGAAUUAAGACCACGUCUGAUCAUUUGAUCAACACAUGCACGUGUCUGUCUACCACACACAUAAACACACCAGUGCGUUCAGAGUAAACAUGUCUGAUCAUGCAGAUUUUGUGCAAUCACACACACUGUAAAGUUACAGGCCUGGGGGAAAGGAGCAGCCUAUGUGAGCACUUCUGCACUUAAACAUAUUUACUAAAUGAGCAAAUAUACAUUUUUGUUUGUUUGUUUGUUUGUUUUGCUGAAAGGAUUAAAGUCCAGGGCCUGUGUCACACCUGAUGAAACUGUAUCCAGGUGAGUGAAAGUUGUUGUUUAUUUCUGUUUGAUCUUUACAAAUAUACACAGAACUUGAGCAGCAUUUAAGGAGUUUGAUUUGCUCCAUGUUUAUGUGGAUAAUUCGUGCUUAGAGGAGGAUUUUGAUUGAAAACGUCAUCAAUUUUCAAUGAUUUCUGCAAACUACAGGCUCCCUUUGUUAUUUUCUGUCUUAUUCAUUCAUGCGACUGGUAAAGAAACGAGUAUUCACAGGCAUUUAAUCAAUCCACAUCCGAUCACUUCUAUUGAAUUGUUUGUUUUUAAAUUUCAGUGAGGAUUACGCCUCUGCGAAGAUUAAACCCAGACCAGGUACCUCUGCUUUCAAAAUAAGUCACUUUAACUCAUCAGUUUCUUGGUUUACAUAAGCUGUUGUUUGUCUGGCCUCAGUCAGCGCGGUGUGUAUUUCCUCUUCUCUCAGUUUCUGCAGGGAUUUGUGUCUCUCAGAAGAAACUCCGACAGAUCGACGAUCCCAUUCAGAGACUCCUCCUUCAGCUGCACAAAAUCAUCUUCAUCACUCAGGUACCAUCACACCCCUAUAUUUUUUAAAUAUCUGAUCAAUUCUAAUUAAUUAUAAACCAUAAUACAUAAAAGGGUUUUACACAUGACUUCUUUAACUACAUGGGCAUUAAACUGUGGCUAAAUCAACUAAAAAUAUAAAAGACUGACUCUACUUUCUUUCCAGCUCCCUCCAUCCUCACACCACAACAUCAAACGCCGUCUCAUUGAGCGGUUUAAGAAGUCUCUGUUCCUCUGCGGGAGUGAUCCGUACAGCCUUAAAGUGGAGCUCAGCAAGGUUUGUAAGGUUCACUCACAGUUCUGCUGAAGUGCAGGUUAGUCUGCCAAAACAAACAAACACAAUGUCGACAUAUUAACGUUGUUUGUUUUGUGAAGAACCUGCAAAACCACAAAGAUGAGAGGCUGGAGCAGAAAGGAGUGUGGGGUCGACAGGAAUGAAAAAUGACUUGAUUAAUAUUUAUCACAGUCUUUUCUUUCUAAAGUAGUUUCCGCUGACAAAACAUCUCCUCCUGCUUACUUUUUAUUGUGAAUAUUUGAAGUGUAAGGUGUUCGGCCGACCCCCUACCCCCUCACACCAGCAUCAGGCAGUAAAAAUAUCAGGGUAUUAAAUCACUAAUCCCGCUGGUGAUGGUUUUGUUUGCAUCUAAAUUAAUUUGAGUCCAUCAAAAAAACUCUUGACAGGAGCUUUAAUCGAGACUCUUUCCUGCUGCAGCUCCUCCAGGCCUCUCCAGACCUGAUGGAGUUGGGCUCCACCAGCUCAGACUGGUGGCCUCUGGUCCAACACUUCAGUGAAAACCUUCACACUGAUGACCACACAGGUAAGAGUUACACCUCACCUUUAAUGUCACUGAAUCCAAAAUACAAACUGAAAACUGAUUGACUACAACAAGCUCAUAAGUGUAUUUUUGCAUUUUUUAUAUUAUGAAGUAAUAUUUCAUCCACCAGAUUCUUGUUACCUGGAUGUUUAAUUGCAGAGUUGUUGUUUUGUGUCCUGUAGGUGAUGGGAACCUCAAAGAUGGAGUCACCUAUCAGCAGAUGCAGGUCUGUUUGUCUGGAGUUUAUCUCUGUAGAUGUUUGUCCUUGUUAGGAUUAGUUUAAGCUGUGUUUGUCCCAAGAAGGUGUCUCAAUUUAGAGUAAAGAUCUGUUUUUACUUUAAGGUCAUACUGAAGAUCCAAUAAAUCAGGGCUGUAAUCAACCAAAGACAUUCUUGGUCGACUAAAACCCUUAAAUUUUCGACCAAUAAUCGCUAUUCGGCAAAACCACCGGACGUCGAUUAACGUCUUCCGGUCUCCAGUGGGUUGGACGAAUCCAAAAAUGGUGAAAACAAGGGGGUGUUCUAAGACAGGGUGUUACCUGUGAAAUUGGGGUGCUCUGAAAACACCCCCAUUAGCACUUGGUACAUUCCUUCCGAUGACAUUAACUAGACUGUAAAAUGACGCGGGAAAAAUCGAGUCGACCGAUCAGAAUUUCGGUCGACUCAGCACAUACCGACCAAUUGAUUGACCAAUCGACUAAGACUUUACAGCCCCACAAUAAAUCGCCUCUCUGUGUCAUUUACUCUUUUAGGCGAUCAUUGAGGAGCUUCUGGAGGAGAACAGAUACUAUGAGGCACCAAACUCCAGGUGACAUGAACAUUUAUAUGAAUUACCAAUCGCUCAUACAACAGACAGACACCUAAUACUCUGCUGUUUUUUUGCAUCAUUGAUCAAGUCAGAUUUAUACUUUAUCGUACAAGGGAAAUGACUGCAAAAGUGCUGUAGAAGUUUAAAAACACAAAAUCAAUAAAAGAGGAAAAAAGAGUAAAAUGAUCAAUAAAAAAAGAAUAACGUCACAAAAAAUAAAAGCAGAAAUAGUUACAUUUUAUAAGGUGAAGAUGUGAAGAUGAACAGGAAUUAAAAGCUAAGACAAAGAAAUCUGACAGGAGAGUUCUAUUCACUGAAAACAAAAUCAAAAUGAUAUAUAAACUCACCCAGCAAUGAUCAUUUUAAAAAUCAAUAUUCCUUAUUUACAUAUUGAACAUUCAUUGUAACAUUUUGUGUUUUGAUUCAGAGAGAAGAAAUGACCAAGAAAAAAAAGGAGUGACGACCAUGGAUAUUCACUCUCAGACGUCACAGCAGCAUCUGGAAAAACACAGUUUAUUUCAGAUUUUCUCAGGUCUACAUCCACUAAGAGACAAAGUAUGUCUGCUAGAAAUGAACAUAAAAUUCUGAAUGCACUGAUGUUUAGGUUGAGGAUUGUACUUCGACAUGUCAAAGUCACUAAAGACGAAAGCUAUUUCAUGUUAAUCUGACCAUCAUUCGUUCAUUAACGGCCUGAAACAGGAAAACACAUCCAACAAGAUCAGGUCAAACUAGUCGGCAGAAACGGCUUAUUUCAUAAACUCCACAUUUCACCUGCAUACACACACACCAAAACCUCCCAAACCUCUGAAUUCUGCAGAGCUGUUUUUGUACUUUGAGCUCCGGCUCCUCUGUUUCUGUGUUUUUAUCAGGUUUGUCAAAAUUCAGCACUUUAAAUCCUCAGGAUCAGACUCAGCUGUUUGACUUUUCACUUGCCCUCGCUGCAGGACUUCACAUCACACCGUGUUGUUCAUGGAUUUAAGCCAAUUUUCCUGACGUACAAAGAGCUGCAGCUUAAAAAUCAGGUCAGGUCUUCCGAUGUUUACCACUUUCUGCUGGACUUGAACAAAAUCAACAUGCACUUUGAAUAACUUAUCAUUUUUAAUAUGAAAUAUGAAAUGUGCAUCUGUUUUUUUUAUGUGGAGGGCAGCAGAGGGAGCACUUUCUCAUGCACUUUGAUCCAAGAGAGAUUCAUCUGUAAAAAGCUCUGCGUCUAAAGGAUAAACUAAAUAAACAACCUUUAAGUCAAACAGCACACAGCAGUUUAUGUCAAAGAAAGUAUGGACUGUUCUUGUUCUGCUUUGCUGGACUUUGGAAAACCUUUGAGGUCAUUUUACAGGAAUAUAUGAUGACAUUAGGAGUGCUGCAUCUGAAACAGGUGCAAGAGAGUCGAUAAAGUAGCAACAAACAAGGUGUAGAAAAUGAAAUAUUCAACGCAGUCAAAGUAUACCUGAAUAAGAAACUGAAGAGCACGUCUGUCUUAUCAAGUUUGAUUUAU